AUGUCGACCCCACCCCCAACUGGCCAUGCAUCUUCAUCGUCACCCUCGCGACCGCUGACAGACCUCUUAGAAGCCCAAUCAGCGCUCUUGGCCGAAGCCGCUGAAGCCAUCCCGCACACUUUCGCCUCCUGCACUUACGCGCUCGGUCCCCGCCGCCAGGCCGUCCAUUUGUGUCUCACAUGCGACGUUCCCCGAGGACUGUGCGACGCAUGUGCUGUCGCAUGCCACCAUGCAGACCACAACCAACUGGAGCUGUUCCCGAAGCGUAACUUUCGGUGCGACUGCCCCACCACGGCGGUGCCGGGCGCGUGUUCGCUUCAUCGUGGAGAAGGAGCCGGGAUAGGACCAAGAAGUGGGGAGAGAGAGAAGGAGAAUGAGGAGAAUAUAUAUGGGCAAAACUUCUGGGGUGUGUUCUGCCGGUGCUCUAGGCCGUAUGACGCACGGACGGAAAGGGAGACAAUGGUGGAGUGUGUAACAUGCGAGGACUGGUUUCACGAGUCGUGUCUCAACCUUCGCGAACGCCCAGCCCCACGCGAUUUGGACUCAGCGGACGACUCGACCAAAGCCAAGACCACCGCCGAGGCAUCCAACCCAUCCGAUGGCGACGAAGCCAAAGGCCCUGAGGAUGAGGACUUAGAGGGAAAGCCCGCGAACUCGAAGACCACUGUAGAGACAGCCAGCCCAUCCGACGGCGACCAAGCCGAAGACGCAGAGGACGAUGACGACGACGCGGCAUCCGUCUCCUCCCUCCCACCAGCCCUACUCACUGCCGAGGACUUUGACGCCUUCGUCUGCGCGUCGUGUGUCGCCUCUAUCCCCGCCUUGAAACGCAUAGCAGGCACGCGAGGUGCGCCAAUUGUCAUACGUGACGAACCAAGCGGGGCGUGGCAUACUCUCGAUGAUGUGUCUCCAACUCGCACACCACGAGGACAGGACCGAGAAGAGGCAGAUACUGUGGAUGUUGAAGCCGUGGAUGCUGAAACAGCGGGCUCCGUACCCGCAUCUGCGGGCACCAAACGCGAACGCUCGGUCGAGCCUGCAGGAACAAGUGAAGCUGCAUCGCCAGAUGCGAAGCGGGCACGACUGUACCCGCCUGACCUUGAUGGCAUACCCUCACAUGUGGGCACUAAACGCGAACGCUCGGUCGAGCCUGCGGAAACAAGCGAAGCUGCAUUGCCGGAUGCGAAGCGGGCACGACUAUCCCUGCCUAACCCUGAUGGCAUACCCGCACAUGCGGGCGUUAAACGUGAACACUCGGGCGAACCUACAGGAACAAGCGAAGUUGCAUCGCCGCCGGAUGCGAAGCGGGCACAACUGUCCUCGCCUGGCCAUGAUGGCAUGCCCGCACAUGCGGGCGCUAAACGUGAACACUCGGGCGAACCUACGGGAACAAGCGAAGCUGCAUCGCCGCCGGAUGCGAAGCGGGCACGACUGUCCUCGCCUGACCAUGAUGGUCCAGACAGGGAACCAGAUGGGCCGGAUGUGAAAGUCUGUCUCGCGCCUUCACCAAAUAUGCUGGCGCAGGAGAUCCUAGACCGAGUACCGCCCCUAGCAGAGGUCAAAUCUGCUGAGGCGAAAGACGAAAGACGGCAGCCACAGCAACCACCCCCGCCGCGCGGGAGCACUCACCCUCUUAGUGCCGGCGACGUCUUCCUCACCGAAGGCUGGCGCGAACGGUGGUGUCGCUGCCCCGAGUGCCUCUCCUCCCUCUCCGCCCAUCCCUACCUCCUCGCCGAAGAAGAGACGUACGAGCCACCCGAAGACCCCGACUCGGCUCUGUCGCUCGAGGAGCUUGGGAUGCGCGCGCUACAGACGCUGCCGCGCGAAAAGACGCUGGAUGGGAUUCGCGCGUUCAACGAUAUGCGCGACGACCUCAUGUCCUAUCUCCGCCCAUUCGCGCGCGAGGGAAACGCCGUCAGCGAGGCGGACGUGCGUGCAUUCUUUGAAGCAAGGCGCGAGAAGGAUGCGUCGAGGGCAGCUAUGGGAUAGGUCGUCCCUUUCGACGCGAGGUUAGCUGCGAGUGGUUGAUUAUUGCUGCGCGCAUCCAAUGACGUAAGAUAUUCUUAUUAACUCUGCUGUCUGCCUUUUCUAUGGCACUUGUGCCGCUAUACCGUGGUGUACCUCACAUACGGACACCUUAAUGGAACUAAUUUACGUUAAC